CGCCUCCUUCUGAAACCUCUCGCGGUUCUUCUGGGUGUCGGCCUCCGCGCAGCUCGAGAGAGAGGGGUUGGAAUCGAAAAUGGUGGCGCCGAAGAAGACGAAGAAGACCCAUGAGAGCAUCAACACCAGGCUCGCUCUCGUCAUGAAGAGCGGCAAAUACACUCUCGGUUACAAAACCGUCAUCGAUUCCCUACGCAGCUCCAAAGGCAAGUUGAUCAUUAUCUCCAACAAUUGCCCGCCUCUUCGGAAGUCGGAAAUCGAAUACUAUGCGAUGCUUGCGAAGAUUGGGGUUCACCAUUACAACGGAAACAAUGUUGAGCUCGGUACAGCCUGCGGCAAGUAUUUCCGCGUUUCGUGCCUUAGCAUCAUCGAUGCAGGUGAUUCGGAUAUCAUAAAGACUCUACCUGGUGAUCAUUGAGGAACGCUGGAUAUCGCCCCCAUUUUUGAAAGUGCAAUUGGGUUUGUAGGCUUGCUUUCAUUAAAAUACUCUGAUUUUCUAUGAGGAUGUAUUCUUUUUCCAUUAGUAGGAGGAUACUUCCGAUAUAUGAGGUUAUCUUAUCUUAGAAGUGAUCUUCACGGUGUUAUGAGAAUCGUCUAAAGUUAAAUUUUAUUAUGUUAGAGAAAUCCCAUUAUGGGUUUUCUUUUCA